UUCAGUUUACAGAUGUGUGCUCACCUUGCAUUCCUAUAUUUCUUGUAAUGUGACAUUUAUUUGUGCGAGAUAAAUUAAAUGUUUUUCAUUUUUAAAUCAAUCUGGAACAGGGGCAUCAUGUACCCUAACAAUCUGAGGGGGCACAAAGUAUGUGAAGUUGGCAGGGGGGUGGUCCCCUUCCUGAAAUGGGCAAAUUUAGCAUUUUUCAAACAUCUGAAGCAGCUUUUUCCUGCAAUCUAGAGCCAUAAUCACUAUGCUUAAUUCUAUUAAAAAAAUAUGUAUAUUUUUCUGCAUAUCUAAGCAUACCUCUUGAGCUCUCUGUAUUCUCCUGACUGGUGCUUAUUUUUUUCAAAGAAACUAAAUAUGCUUCUCUGCAUCUCUUCUAAAGUCUAGGUAAAAUAUUAAAAGGAAUGUGAGUCUUAUUCAGUACAUUUAGUAAUUGCUAGCUUUUCUAAAGACUACCAAACUUGCCAGCAGGCAUGCCAACUAAGAUAGUUAGACAAGCUAGCUACUCUAACCUGAUAAAUAGCCUGAAAUGGCUUAUUGGUAGCUAGGUAUGAGGUUGGGAGAUUGGGAACCUAUCUGGACUAGCUAAAGCCAACUUCAUAAAAUUGCUACAGUAGGUGGCUAGUAGUAUUAUAGAGAAACAACAAAAGAUUUAACAAAAAAAGUUAAUUAUAUAUAUACACUGAAUAAAAAUAUAAACACAACAUGCAACCAUUACAAAGAUUUUACUGAGUUACUAGUCAUUGAUACCUUAAAAAUAAAAGUAGGGGCGUGGAUCAGAAAACCAAUCAGUAUCUGGUGUGACCACCAUUUGCCUCAUGCAGCGCAACACAUCUCCUUCUUAUAGAGUUGAUCAGGCAGAUUGUGGCCUGUGGAAUGUUGUCCCACUCCUCUUCAAUGGCUGUGCGAGGUUGAUGGAUAUUGGCGGGAACUGAAACACACUGUCAUACACAUCAAUCCAGAGCAUCCCAAACAUGCUCAGUGGGUGACAUGUCUGAAAAUGAACUAUGCCUAAAAGUGGACAAACCACUUAAUACGUACAAGACAUCUGAAACACCACCAUGGAGAACAACGAUGCACCUGUCGAGUUUAACGAUGACAGGACAGUGUGUGUGACGUCAGUGAAAGGGUUAAAGGAGAACUGGCAGAGAUGGUCCAACAAGCACCAGGAGUACCAGAAACACAAUCCCUUCAGUAACGACCGGGGGGCUAUGGUGAGUGUGACUGCCCAGCAGCAGAGGCUCCAACGGGACCAGGAUGGCUACGGGAGGCCCCUAGAGGGCUCGUUGACAGAGCAGAGGGGCCGGGACGCCCACGUCCACAUCAGCCGGGAGGUGGAGGAGCUCUGCCAGGUGAUCAGGGACAUCGGGGAGAGCCGUGGCGGUGGGGACGGAGGCAGCGAGGAGAGACCUGUGGUGACGGUGGAGUUUGGGAAGCUGUUUGAGCACUAUGUGAACAUCUCCAACAAGGUGGUGGGGAUCCUGCUGAGGGCCAGAAAACAAGGCCUGGUCAGCUUUGAAGGGGAGAUGCUGUGGCAGGGGCAGGAUGACCAGGUCCUCAUCACACUGCUACAGUGACCAGGAUGAAAUAACAGGGUCACCAUUAUGCUGCUUCAGUGACCAGGUUGAUGCAGCCGAAGUACAAGACAGUAACCUAGGCCCUGUCCAGAAAUAUCCCCUAGCCCUCUAGGCAUUUGUGUAGUUGUGAAAGGAUUGGCUAGGUCUAAGCAAUAUGGUGAAAAUUACAUUAGGUGGGAAGGUGCAGCAACAGCACCUAUCCAAUUCUUUCAGAUUUACACCUGCACCUAACAGGGGUAGUUGUUUCUGGGCAGGGCCCAAGAGAACCAACCUGUGGCAGCAGUGACAUGCAUUACAUGCAUUGUAGGAUGAACCUGAGCUUAUUGGCCUGACUGGACUUUUUUGCAUUCCCAGUUACACCACUACACUGUAAUCUACAUAGCGCUUACAAUGUUCUUUAGCAACCUUUGUAAUUAGACACAGAGGAAAGGUGUACUUAUUAAUGGCAAAAAUACAACACUGACACUGUAGGCUUAUGUUAGAAAUGCUGGAAGGAGGCUAUGAAACUGCAUACAUGGUUGACAAUGUAGCAAAAUGCAUCACAAUUCUAUUUACAUUCAGGAGAAAUAGCACAUCACUUUUUGGUCGACUGGCAUUUGUGGAAUUCACACUGUACUAAAUGCAUUUUUCAACCUAACAAGGGUUGUUUGAGGAAUGUUUUUGCAGUUACUUGCACCCAUAACACAAUAUGAUGAAAUGUACUGUAACACUUUACUCAUUUGAAAAAAAAAUAUUUUGGUCACCAACUAAUAUACUGUAUUCCAAACGUGUUUAUGUUUACAAAGGAAAGCACUGAUGUUUAUCAAUAAAGUCUUCCAAAAGAUCA